GGCGGCUGCGAACCCGGGCCGGGGGGGACGGCGCCCACCAGGAGCGUCCCCCAUUCCCAGGCCAGGCCACCCCGGCGGACCGGGCCCCCGCGCGCCCAGGCGAGGUGAGGCCCACAUGGUCAGGGCUGCGCGUCGCCCCGCGCCCCCGCCCCGCCAGCGAGGACUGCCCCCUUCCCCCGGCGCCCGUACCCCAUCCCGCGCCCCAGGUGAGCCUCGGGGUCUCAGGUAAGGCUCCGCGAUGCAGGUAAGAGUCUCUUGGCCUCAGCGUCCCCAGGUAAGAGCCCCUCCCAUCCUAGGGGACCCUCACCUUCACUGAGGCCUCCAGCCUUCUCCAGGUGAGGGACCCACGCCCCAGGUGAACUCCCUGUACCUUAAGUGAAGUCUCCGCCAACCCUCCUUCCCACCCCCCGCGGUUCAGAGGGCCAAAUUCCUAACUCCUCCAUGCUCCCCCUAAACAGACCUCUGACAGCUCAUCCACGCUAAAGCCCCCCUUUCCUCCAGCUUCAAUUGCCAGGUCAGCAGGGGUGAGGCGGAAAGCAGGUGGGUGACUCAUCUUGGGCUCCUCCUAGCCUCAGUUUCCCCGCUGCUACAACUUGAGGCCUCUUCAGUGAGUCAAAACUGAGACAGCUCUGGCCCCCGGAGAGGCUGCUGGCUCUGGGGAGAGGAGACAGCAGCCAAGUGUGACAGAGAGAGUCCCCGUGGCCCUGGGUGUGCCUGCGUGUGUGUGGCCUGGGUACUGACAGUCCAUUCCCUCCCUCCUCAUAGGCACUGGGCUCCCUCUGCUCCCCGUGGGCCGCUCCCCGCGUGGGGCCACUGCCCCCGGCCCCCGCCAUGGUGCGGAUUUCAAAGCCCAAGACGUUUCAGGCCUAUUUGGAUGAUUGUCACCGGAGGUAUAGCUGUGCCCACUGCCGUGCUCACCUGGCCAACCACGACGACCUCAUCUCCAAGUCCUUCCAAGGAAGCCAGGGGCGUGCCUACCUCUUCAACUCUGUGGUGAACGUGGGCUGCGGGCCAGCCGAGGAACGGGUGCUGCUGACAGGCCUUCAUGCUGUCGCUGACAUCCACUGCGAAAACUGCAAGACCACUCUGGGCUGGAAAUAUGAACAGGCCUUCGAGAGCAGCCAGAAGUACAAAGAGGGGAAGUACAUCAUUGAACUCAACCACAUGAUCAAAGACAACGGUUGGGACUGACCCCUGUUCUUGCCACAUGUGGCUCCAGCCCGGCCUGGCCGCCAGGGGGCGCCUCUGGCUUCCCUCCGCCCGAAGGGAGCUCUGGACCCUCGGAGCCCCUGUCAAGGAAGGAUCCAGCUCCUGUACAUAUAUUUUAUUGCAUGCACUGUGACCUUGGGGGGAGAUCAGAAUCUGGUGGACGACACCCCCGCACCUUCCUGCGAUCUGGCUGGCUUGGAUCUCAUUUUUAACCUCUUCCCGCCCCGCCUCCCCUAUAGAUAUGGCCUGUGUGCUGCUCUCAUAGCCCCAGUGCACCGUCUGCCCCGUGAACUCCCACCGGGCCCCUCUUAGAGCACGCGUGUCUGCUCCCCUUGUUCUGUAGCGUUUGUACAUAAUAAAAAAAAAAAUGGAGUGGAGACAGCA